CGCUGCCCCGCUCCCGCCCCGAGCUGCGCGGCUGCGCCCCCAAGCUGCGCGCCUGCGCCGUCCCCGAGGCCCGAGCUGUGCCUGCGUCGUCCGUCGUGGCCCGAGCUGCGCCUGCGCCGUCCCCGAGGCCCGAGCUGCGCGGCUGCGCCCCCGAGCUGCGCCGUCCGUCGGCCCCCACUCGUCGUUCCUCCCGUCGCGCGGCGCAGCGCUCACGCAAGGCCCUCGGACCAGCAGAUCGACGGCUUCACCGCGGAUCGACCAGCAGAUCAACGCCGCCCUUCAGACCCUCAGGAUUCAACUGUAUCAGCUCAAGAUCAAUAUUUUUUUAAAUGAGUAAGCUUGCAAAUAUGUUCUCGGCUCUUUGUCUGGAUGCUGAAAGCAAUGAAGAUGUUGGCCGAGCUGAAGUACCACAGGCGUCUUCCAGCACAGACAAAACUGCUGCAAGCAAACCUGAUAAAAAUGAGCAGAAUGACACAACUGCAGUAAACUAUGAGGAGGCAGCACUUGUAUCAUCAUCUAGUGAUUACAGGAUGCCUUUGGUGUGGAUAGACUUGGAAAUGACCGGUUUGGAUAUAACAAAAGAUCGGAUUUUGGAGAUUGCUUGUAUCAUAACGGAUGGCAAACUUACAAAACAAAUAGAGGGUCCUGACUUAGUUAUAAGCCAGAGCAAAGAUUGUUUAGAUAAUAUGGAUGAAUGGUGCAAAACUCAUCAUGCAGCUAGUGGUUUGACGGAAAGAGUACUGCAGAGUGAACUUUCUGAGCAUGAUGCAGAGGCAAAAGUUUUAGACUUUGUUAGGAAGCACAUAAAUUCAGGCACUCCAUUAUUAGCUGGGAAUUCUGUUUAUGUGGAUUUUCUAUUUCUGAAGAAGUACAUGCCACAGCUUGCAGCCGUCUUCUCUCAUGUAAUUGUCGAUGUGAGCAGUAUAAUGGCUUUAUGCAUACGAUGGUACCCCAAAGAAAGGAAACAAACUCCAAGAAAGCAAAAAACCCACAGGGCAAUGGAUGAUAUUAAAGAAAGCAUCGCCGAACUGAAGUAUUACAAGCACAACAUUUUCAAACCACAGAAAUCAAAGCGGUAGCUGCACGUCGAGUAGUUGAAUCGACUGAUAGCUAACCAGAAUUGGAGAUGGGUUUUCAGGUCAAAGCCGCAUGCCUUGCUUUGGGGUUAUGUUCUGUGCAAGUGUGCAUCCAUUAGUGCUUGGGUUUAUACCGAUCUCAAUGGGGUUUUAUGAAAGUUUCAUGAACACUAAAUAAUUUGAUGUGGCAUAGUAUUUAUUGAUAAAGGGAGAUGAUAAAAGUUUCGUAU